AUGUUGGAUGGUUUAGCGAUUAGUAACCUUUUUACAGGAGUGGUGGGCAGUGGGGAUAGCAUUCUGUUUUGGUUGGAUCCUUGGUUAUUUGAAGUUCCUUUGAAAUUCAAGUUUCCAGCCCUCUUUCAUCUUGAGGUUGUAAAGUCAUGUAGUGUUCGUGAUAGACUUGAAGGGGAAGGUUUAUGGCUGUGGAAAAAUGACCCGGUGUCCGCAACCGAAAGAUUUGAAUGGGAUAUCCUUUCUGCAGCCCUUCGUGCUGUUAGUCUGUCUAACAGGCCGGAUAAGUGGGAGUGGGUCGGUAAUGUUUCGGAAGUUUUCUCAGUUGCGACUGUUAAGAAGUCCAUCGAUUCGAUAAAUGAUUACAGUAAUCACUAUGUUUUUGAUUGGUGUAAAUGGGUCCCUCUCAAAUGUAACAUCCUAGUGUGGCGUGCGGAGAUGGAUAGGAUUCCGACAGUGGAUGCUUUGGUUAGGAGGGGUGUGAUGCUCGAUGAUGAUAUGUGUAACUGUUGUGGUUCCGGCUCGGAUUCGGUUGAGCACAUUUUCACGGCUUGUCCGCUGGCUUUAGGGUUAUGGGAAAGGAUUACCCUGUCGUGUCGGGUUAGGAAUUUCUUUGUUUUUUCUAUCCGAGAUUUGCUUGCCAUUCACGAACAUGAGCAUAGGAGGGCGUCGGAGAAAGAGGCGUUAAAAGGUAUCAUUAUCGUUUCCUGUUGGUUUUUAUGGAAGGCAAGAAAUGAUCUUAGAUUCAGUGGGAAGAGAAGCGGAGUUGAAGAUAUUUUUAGUGAAGUUAGAUCGGCUAGUUAUUUUUGGUAUAAACAUAGGGCAAAGAAGGGUUCUUGUGUUUGGGGGGGAUUGGUGUAA